UCUGUUCAGGAUGACACAAUGAUCAGAUUUGAAACCUCAGGCAGGAAAUGAGGCUUUUUUGACAGAGCUUCUGCGUUUCCCCUACGUAAAGAGCUGGUUUGAGGGAUUUAUCAAAGUGUGACGUCAUGUCUGUGCUCAGAAUCUUGUGCUGUCUGCUCAUAAUUUAUCACCUCAGCAACGGGAAGAAAAUCAGAGGAAGCAGAUCAGAUGUGUGGGAGCCGGCAGAGAGGGCCGUCCUGCGGGUGAAAGAGCCACAUGUCAGCAGGUCAGUCUUCAGGCUGUUUUUGGGAGGUGAGGACACCUGCACGCUGGACCUUCUGCAGCUGCAAACGCUCACCUCCUGCGGCUUCAACAGCAGUAAUCCCCUCAUCAUCAUCACUCAUGGGUGGUCGGUGGAUGGUAUGAUGGAGAGCUGGGUGUUCAGGAUGGCCACUUUGCUAAAAGCAAACGCUGUAAACGUUAACGUGGUGAUCACCGACUGGAUGUCUCUGGCUUGUCAGCAUUAUCCUUUAGCUGUAAAGAGCACCCGCACUGUGGGGAAGGAUAUAGCUCACCUGCUGCAAAAACUUCAGGAAAAGUACCAGUAUUCAGCUAGAAAGGCUCAUCUGAUUGGCUACAGCCUGGGAGCUCAUAUAUCUGGAUUUGCUGGCAGUUUUCUGUCUGGUUCAGAGAAGAUCGGAAGAAUUACUGGCCUGGAUCCAGCAGGGCCUCUGUUUGAAGGGAUGUCUCCCACAGACAGACUUUCUCCUGACGAUGCCGAGUUUGUGGACGCCAUCCACACCUUCACCCAUGAACGUUUGGGCCUCAGCGUUGGCAUCAAGCAAGCCGUGGCACAUUACGACUUUUACCCCAACGGAGGAGACUUUCAGCCUGGGUGUAACCUGCAGAACAUCUACGAGCACAUCAGCGAGUACGGGAUCUCUGGCUUCGAACAGACAGUGAAAUGUUCCCACGAGCGCUCCGUCCAUCUGUUCAUGGACUCUCUGCUGAACAAAGACAAGCAGAGCACGGCCUACUUGUGCAGCAACAACAACGCUUUUGGCAGGGGGGUCUGCCUGGACUGCAGGAGGAACCGCUGCAACACUCUGGGUUACAACAUCAAGAAGGUUCGCACGGCCAAAAGCAAGAAGCUCUACCUGAACACACGAUCCCGCAUGCCUUUCAAACUCUAUCACUACCAGUUCAGGAUCCAGUUUAUCAACCAGACUGACAGGAUUGAGCCCACUCUCACCAUCUCCCUGACCGGAACAAAGGAGGAGAGUGGAGACCUCACCAUCACCAUAGAUGAAGGCAUUUCAGGGAACACAACCUUCACCUUCCUGAUCACGCUGGACAAAGACCUGGGAGAGCUGAUGCUGCUCAAGCUGAGCUGGGAGRCGUCGGAUUUGUGGAAGAACGUGUGGAACCGGGUGCAGAUUAUGUUUCCUUGGGCCGGCCAGGAGAGCAAACCGCAGCUGACUCUGGGAAAAAUCAGCGUCAARGCAGGAGAGACGCAGCAGAGGACAUCGUUCUGUGCCAUGACAAAUGAACAACACGUGGAAGUUGCUCAAGAAAGAGAGUUUGUUCGCUGCAAAGAAGACAUGCAGCGGCGUAAAAGAAAGCAUCAAAAGGCUCCUGAAGACUGAAAACUUUCCCUCCUUGUCAUCAAGUGGUGCAGAUUUAAGGGUUAUUAUGAAAGAAACACAGAAAAUGCCUUAAAGUUAAAAAUCUAAUAAAAUUAUGUUUAUAAUAAACAUAUAUAUUGGAUUUUGUAAUAAUUGUAUUUUUUCAGAGGGAUUUUAUAGUCAAAUGCCAACAAUUAUUAAAAAAAAUAUUAAACACAUAGAAAACAAAAAUCAGAAAAAAAAACAUUUUACUGUUCAUUUCUAAACAUGUCUUAAUUAAAACAAAACUACCUAAAGAGCCAUAUGUUCAUCAAACCAGAGCAAUAAAGUAUUUUUUUAAAUUC